GAGUAUCAAAGUCAGGGAAGUGUUGAAGCCGCUAUGAAAUGAAAUCAGUGUAGCUAAAACCCUAACACACUGCAAAACCCUUAUGCCAUGGCUCUUCUUCUCCAUCUCCGUCUCCGAACCACAAUCAAAUCCAACACUUCUCUGCUCCGCCGCCUCUUCUCUACCUCCAACUCCGGCUCCGGCGAUCAAGCCCCUCCCAAUUCCAAUUCUCCGUAUUCUUCCUUUUUCGGAGAAGUCAAGGACAGUCUCAAACAACGGUCCGCCAAGUCUCAAGAAGCUUCUCUCGAUGAGAUCCAGAAGAACGUGUCGCAGUUCCGAGCCUUAACCUCCGCUCCUUCGCCGCCGCAGCAAAUCUCGUUUCAGAAGAUCUACAGCAACCGACUAGCGCAAGAAAAAUCUACCGAUUUCAACGUGAUUCGCGAAAGCUUGCGGAAUUUUGGCAAUCGCAAGGGGGCGACGCGAACUUCCCCGGAGGCGUUAAAGAAGGUGAUCGGCGGGACGAAUGCGUUGCCGGAGUUGGUUUUUGGGAGGGAGUUGAGGGAGAGGAAAGAGGGGGAUGGCUCCUCUGCGACGAAGAUGGGGUUCGUGAGGACUUACAAAUACGAAGAAUUGGGAGAGAAAUUGAGGAUGUUGAGGCCACAGGGAAAUGCGAAGGGAAAGGACUGGUUUUCUCUUAGCAAAUUGAAUGAGAGGUUGACGAGGUUGAGGGAGAUUGAGGAGAAUGAAGCUACUCGUAAUUCCAAGGGCGCUGUAUAUGCUGAGGUGAGAGAUUGUCUCGUGCGACUGGAUGAAGCUAAGAAGGACGACUCGAAAAAAGCUUCAAUGCAGAGACUUAAUAUAUUGGGCCAGUUGGCUGCUAGAACACCCUACUCCCUUGAGCCUCCUAAAGAGCAUCUUGUUGAAAGGUACUUUCAUCCGGAUAAUAUGUCCUCCGCAGAGAAGAUGAAAAUUGAGCUCGCAAAGAUUAGAGAAGAGUUUAAAAUGUCAGAGUCUGAUUGUGGUUCUGCUCGAGUUCAAGUUGCACAACUCACAACUAAGAUUAAGCAUCUAUCAGCAGUUCUACACAAAAAGGAUGUUCAUUCUCGAAAAGGUCUCCUAGCAAUGGUUCAGAGGAGAAAGAGUUUGCUGAAAUAUCUCAGACGAACUGAUUGGGAUUCCUAUUGUUUUGUUAUCUCCAAGCUAGGUCUACGUGAUAAUCCUGAUUAUAGUAAUAAAAUUCGAUCCAGUCGAUCUGGUCUGGCGGCCAGUUCAUAGGGGGACACUUUUCCAGUGAUAUGAUGAAAAAAAGAGCCCCAACAUAAAACAAAUUUGGAAAAAAAAUCCAGCUGGUUGAUGGAAUGCUGAAUGGGUUGUGCAGGUUUUAUCCUGUCCUACUAGCCUGGUCAGUCAGGGUGUGACUGUUUUAGACCAAACUGGUCAAGUGGCUGAAUUAUUCGUUUCUAAGGUCUCUGGUUUUUACAAAUAUGAUGCACAUAUCAGUUGCUGAAGAAAUGCGUUAUUUUCUUUUGCAGUAGGGAAGAUGAGAUUAAUAUUAUGAUCAGCCCAUUUUAUUUUAAUUUUAAUCAGCCUUGGGUUGAAUUUAUGACAUAUUUUAAUGUACCGUGCCUUGUUUAUUUUAUAUGUUUUUGGUUGUCUUCACUUGAAUAAUAUAUCAAGCAGUAUCAUAUUGGGAAACAGAUAAUUUGCUUAUGAAAUAUUUUUUUUCGGUU